CCCAAUGAAACACGUGUUUGGCCAACAUUUGUUCCACGGUUGAGAACACCUCGAAGAAAAACAAGAUGGCGUUUGACGGAGAAUACGUUGUUUUGGUUAUUAUUGUUUAUUGAGCUUAAUUACGACGUACAUGUAGACAUGAAGGACGUUUAAUAGAGAAAACAUCGUUAAUAAUUGUUUGUAUCGGAUACAUUAGUCUGAGUGCGCUUUGACGUGCUAGCCUAGCCUAGCUUAGCUUGUUAGCUGCUAACAAAGAGAGGCGGAAGUUAUCGACACCGCAAAGCAGAGAUCCAAUGUAAGUUUAAAGUGUUGUUAUUAAGUGAAAAUGUCUAAAUUGCUGUGAGUGUUGGUGAAUGAGCGACUAACUGCUGCCUUUGAAGAAAUAUGUGUGAUGUUAAAGGCCUACGGAAACCCAUUACUACCGACCACGCAGUCUGAUAGUUUAUAUAUCAAUGAUGAAACAUUAACAUUGCAACACAUGCCAAUACGGCCUUUUUAGUUUACUAAAUUGCAAUUUUAAAUUUCCUGCGGAGUUUCUUGUUGAAAAUGUCGCGGAAUGAUUACGCGUACGCGUGACGUCAGUGACUGUCAGGGAAUAUUAGCGCAGCACCACUCACAACAAAAAGUUGUCUGCUUUAAUCGCAUACUUACACAGUAUUUUGGACAUCUGUGUUGCUGAAUAUUUUUCAAUUUGUUCAACUAAUAAUGGAGACUAUAAAGAACAAUGCUGUCGGUGGAAAGCGGUGGUGUGCAGCUGUCCAGCACCGAGACACAGCCGGUGUUUCUUAGUUUUUAACACAGAGCGGUCAAGCGAACAUGUUUUCUCUACGUCAACCAGCAUGUUUUUGGAUGGGAAAAUUGUGAUAUAUAUCUUACCGGGGACAUCAUUGGAUUAAUCGUCCUUCUGCAGUAGCUGUUUAAAAGGCAGCUUUGAACUUGGCUCCUCAGCUUUUCUCUGAGACACUGCGUGUUCACCGCAGCCAUCCGACCUCGAGGUAUGUCUUUAUAAUCUCAUAAACACUAUUAAAACAAUAAGCAGAUAAGGGAUCUUCCAGACUUAUCCUAGUAAAUGUGUCUAAUUACAUCUGAAAUGCUCACACUGCCGCCGCCCAGAGCCGUCACUUUUUAUUUUAUUUUAUUUUAUAUUUUCUAGUCCUUCGCUAUCAAUAUCAUCAUCCACAAAUCUUUCAUCCUCGCUUAAAUUAAUGGGGAAAAUGUUGUUUUCUCGGUCCGAAUAGCUAUUGCUGCUGGUGGCUCCCAUUAUAAACAAUGUGAGGACGUGAGGAGCCCUCACCCUUGUGACGUCAUCGUCUGCGACUUCCGGUAAAGGCAAGGCUUUUUUAUUAGCGACCAAAAGUUGCGCAUUUUAUCGUCGACGUUCUCUACUAAAUCCUUUCAGCAAAAAUAUGGCAAUAUCGCAAAAUUAUCAAGUAUGACACAUAGAAUGGACCUGCUAUCCCCGUUUGAAUAAGAACAUUUCAUUUUAGUAGGCCUUUAAACAAUGUAUGAAAAAAACAAUAAGAGAGUACAAGGAGGAACUUUGUCCAACAAAAGAAGCGACAACAUCAACUACUGGACGCUGUUUUCCAAAAACAUCAAGUUGUGUUACACAAAACAGACAUUUGUGAAGAACAUCUUCUCCCUGACUAAACAAUAGUGGAGCAUCGGGAUGGACCAGGAGGAGCCACAGCCUUCCCGCUCUAAAGAGGAAGACGAGGCGCCAUUGACCCCUCCCAUUAAUGUGGAAGAGGUGGACCCACUGACUCCUCACAUUAAAGAAGAAGAGGACCCACUGACUCCUCACAUUAAAGAGGAAGAGGAGGACCCACUGGCUCCUCACAUUAAAGACGAAGAGGAGGGCCCACUGACCCCUCACAUUAAGGAGGAAGAGGAGGAACGACUAACCCCUCACAUUAAGGAGGAAAGACUAACCCCUCACAUUAAGGAGGAAGAGGAGGAACACAUCAUCAGUCAGGAGGGAGAGCAUCAUGAAUGGUUGGAGGAGUUCCCAGUGAUUGUGAAGAGUGAAGAUGAUGAGGUCAAAGGUGAAAGUGAGGAGAAGAGAGGGGCGGAGCCUCCAAGCAGCAGCUCCACUCAACACAUGACAACAGAAGCUGAUGGAGACCACUGUGGAGGAUCACAAGCAGACAAGAUCUUAGCUCCACUAUUAGAUAGUGACGACACAACGUCUCACUCUCCUGACUCUGAUGAUGAAGACUCUAAAGAUGAUAAGACAGGUCACACUGACAACACACACUUGACAUGUUCUCACUGUGACAAAACUUUUAGUUAUCGUGGUAAUCUUAAAGUACACAUGAGAAUACACACAGGAGAAAAACCUUUUUCCUGCUCAGAAUGCGGUAAAAGAUUUGGGCGAAAAAAUGUGUUGAAUCUACACAUGAAAACACACACUGGAGAAAAACCUUUUUCAUGUUCAGUAUGUGGUAAAGGUUGUAUACAAAGUAGUGAUCUGAAAGUACACAUGAGAAUGCACACUGGAGAAAAACCUUUUUCCUGCUCAGUUUGUUGUAUUCGAUUUGCACGUAAGAAUGUGUUAAAAGACCACAUGAAAACACACACUGGAGAAAAACCUUUUUCCUGUUCAAUCUGUGGGAAAGGUUUUGUACAAAGUAACCAUUUGAAAGUACACAUGGGAGUACACAAAUGUGAGAAAGCUUUUAUCUGUUCAAUCUGUGGUAAAGUAUUUGAACAUAGUAACUAUUUGAAAAAACACAUUAAAACUCACAUGGGCGUAAAAACAUUCUUCUGUUCAAUCUGUGGCAAAGGAUUUGUACAUAGUGACUAUUUGAAAAAACAUACAAUAAUACACACUGGAGAAAAUCCAUAUUCUUGUCCAGUAUGUUGUAAAGGUUUUGUACAAAAACAGAAUUUAAAAGUACACAUGAGAAUGCACACUGGUGAAAAACCUUUUCCUUGCUCAGUAUGUGGUAAAGGUUUUGUAACAAGUCAGUUUAUGAAAGUACACAUGAGAAUACACACUGGGGAAAAACCUUUUUCAUGUUCAGUCUGUAGUAAAUGUUUUACACAAAAACCACAUUUGAAAGUACACAUGAGAACACACAUUGGUGAAAAACCUUUUAUUUGUUCAGUCUGUGGUAAAGGUUUUACACGAAGUUUUCAUUUGAAAACACACAUGAGAACACACACAGGCGAGAAGGUGUUCGGUUGCAGUGUGUGUGGUGAAAGAUUCUCUUCUAAAUACCAGUGUAAGAAACACAAGUGUGCUGGUGAGAACAGCAGCAGCAAAUGAAGCUGCAUGAUUUGAAAUGAACUGUCAACAUCAUAUGUAACAUGUGUGUCAUCAUUGUUGUGUGUGUUACACACAGAACAAUGCAUGUCUGAAACACAAUCUUGUUAAUAUGAUUCUAACAUUUAUAGAUUUUUUAUUUUAGAUUAGUGCUUUUUAUCAGUAAAGUAUAUUCAUUGAUAAACAACAUUGUGUACUUUUAUUUUAAAUUUGUCAAAAAGUUGACAUAGAAGCUGAGAGUAAACAGUACAAUACAUUUUACAUACAAACAUUGUAUGUAAAAAGAUCUCGGCAUUUAAUCGAUGUACAUUGGGAAAAAAAUGUUCACAAAUUGAUCCUCUAAAGACAGCCUUUCAGGAUAAUGUGGCCGAGCAGUCUAAGGUGCUGAAUUGAGGCUGAGUCUUAAUAAUCCAAUGUAUUGUUUUUUACUCUCUUUUGUAAUAUGAAUAUUGUUUUGUGAUUGUUUUAUAUGUAUGUUCCCAGACCAUUGUGCAAUACACAAUGUAUGUUUCAACAAAAGUUGGGUACAAUAAAUGUAGUUAAUAUUU